CGUUGGCAGGAAGAGCAGCUCUAGUAGUGGUGGAGGCAUUCAUUAAGGCGAUUUCCCCCCCCACGCUGAGAAUCUGGAUAAUUUAUUUAGCGUGGAGUAGUUCCUUAUCUCCGUUUCGAUCGACAUCAACAGGGGGUGAAAUAAGUAGCCGCGCAGCCUGGCUGACCACCAAGCCGGAGGGUUGUAAAUAGCCGGUUUAUCAAUAAUUUUCUGACAAGCCUCUCUUCAGUUCUCUCAAUUACACAUCAUUGCCGUUACGUUAAAUCUACACCUUCCAACAUUUACGUUUUUGUGAGGGAAUGGCACUGGACUUCGCAGCUGGAUGUAUAGGAGGUGCUGCUGGUGUUUUGGUGGGGCAUCCGUUCGACACUGUAAAGGUGGGUUUCUGCUCCUUCCUCUCCAUCAUAAACUUUUAAGGUUCGCUGUUUUGGCGUUGAAUAGUAGAAAGUCAGACAACUUUACCGGCAGCCUGAAUGCCAAUCGAGGUAAUCUGAACGUACACAAUCACACCGCUGACAAAAAGAAUAAAAUAAUUACACUUGACUGGUUUUAAAUCUUUUAAAAAUAUCUUUAAAAUGUGCCAGAAAUCAGAGUUAGACGGCCUCCACUUCAUAAAACUAUUGAUGCAGCUUUGCAAAUGGAGACGUUCAUCUCAGUUUAGGCAAAAAUUUCUGUUUUGUGCAAUUUGGUUUAAAUAAUAAAAGAUUUCUGUAAAUAAACCUGAAUAUUCCCAACUCUAGAUCAAAAACAGUAAUUUAUUAACCACCCUAAAGGCUGACUAAGGUCUGCAGGUAUAAAUCAUCCACUUAAGGUGUUAGAAAUGUGGCAAGGUGAGGGAGGUCCAGGACUGAUCUCACGAUUGUGUGAAUUUGUUGCAUCUGCUUUAGAGGCGCACACACAUGGUGAAUGGUUUGGUUGUAGUUAUUUUACACCUUGCUUUUAAUGUCGUUUCUCCCUGAGCCGGUGUCUGCUUGGGGCCGGGGGCGGCUGUCUUUAACAGCUACAGUGUCACUGUGUUGUAGAUGAGAGAGAGAAAUAAACAGCCUCUCCACGGAAAUGUGACCUAGUGCGGCUUCAGGUUCAAAAUGUGGACAAACCUCUGUACCGUGGGACGUUUCACUGCUUUCAGUCAAUCAUACGCCAGGAAUCGAUGUUGGGUUUGUAUAAAGGCAUCGGCUCUCCAAUGAUGGGGCUGACGUUCAUCAAUGCCAUAGUUUUUGGUGUCCAAGGCAACGCCAUGCGGCAUCUUGGCCGCGACACACCGCUCAACCAGUUCCUGGCUGGGGCGGCAGCUGGAGCCAUUCAGUGUGUCAUCUGCUGCCCGAUGGAGCUGGCCAAGACGCGCAUGCAGAUGCAAGGGACUGGAGAGAAGAAGUCUAAGAGGAAGAUGUACAAGAACUCUCUGGACUGCCUGGUGAGGAUCUACAACAAGGAGGGAUUCAAAGGGAUCAACCGCGGUAUGGUUACCACCCUGCUGCGCGAGACGCCGGGCUUCGGUGUGUAUUUCCUCACGUAUGACGUGCUGACGCGUUCGCUGGGCUGUGAGCCAGAAGACCCCUACAUGAUCCCAAAGCUGCUGUUUGCCGGCGGGAUGUCGGGCAUCGCCUCCUGGCUCUCCACCUACCCCGUGGACGUGAUCAAGUCGCGCCUUCAGGCGGACGGGGUCGGGGGCGUGAACAAGUACAGCAGCAUCAUGGACUGUGUCAGGCAGAGCUUACAGAAGGAAGGCUGGAGGGUUUUUACACGCGGACUCACGUCUACGUUGCUCCGUGCGUUUCCAGUUAACGCCACCACGUUUGCCACUGUGACUUUGUUUUUGAUGUACAUGCGGCAGGAAGAAGAAUGUAGCAUGCAGAACUCUGAGCCGCCGUGCGUGCAGCUGCAGCCUCUGCCGCAGCAGCCGCAGCCGACCAGCAUGUGAGUCGUUAAAAUCGUCGACAAACCCGUAGAUCAAAGUUAAAGCAGAUCUGUGAUCUGUUUACAGGCAUCUAAUGAACAACUGAGUCGGUAAGCGUCUGGCCAGGUCUGCCACUUGUGGUAUUUAAAGAAUAUAAAUAUAUAAUUAGGCUAAAAGCUGCUUUUGUAUAUACGGUUUCUUCUGAACUACAGAUAUUUUUUGUACAUAUAGUGAGUUUUAAAUUUAUUAGGAAUCUAAAACGUAGAGUCUUUGUCUUUGCUGCUGUUUACUAGUGUCCGGUAUUUGAUGCCUCCACUUUUGUUCCCAUCUAUAUUAAUGUGCUACCAAAAAUUAAGAGUCAAGCAUGCACGAAUCAGUGCAUCACAUUUGCUUCCGUUCAAUGACAAUUUAAAAUAUUUUAUUUUUGGGUUGUUGACCAAAGCUGUUCAUCUCAGUUUGAAUGCAUUUUAGCAUCCUGCAGUAACGGUUACAAAUAUCAACAGUUGGUUACGACAAUAAUUGUUAUAUGUACCCUUCUUUGCCCAUAAAGUCUGACGAAUUUAAUCUAAAUUAUUGCUGCUGUCUUAAGGUUUAUUCAAGUGUUACGUUAGAAUAAACGUUUCACCUCAAAACCAAACUUGCAGCUUCUGUUGCAGAUGUAAUUUAGAUUAAAACAUCAAAUAUAAACAAUCUUAUUUCAACAAUCUGAGUACUUGCAUGAAUGUCAUAGUGACAAAAAAAGCACCUUAAGGAUUCUUAACCACGGGCAUGGUUGAGAACACAAUGGUAAUCAGAAACCAUUUAUAUUUUGUAUUUCCUGCUGAGGCAACAUUUAACUGGAAUGUUGGGCUAAUAGGUCGGCCUGUUUUGAAAGUGGGGUUUUAAAAAUCCCAAAUGUAUAUUUUAUCCUGCCUGUAGAUGUUGGUUGUAAGCCCCAGGUUGUCCACAAGGGGGCAGUAUCUGAGCAGUUGUGUGCAUCCAUUUUGCACAUUAUCCCUCCAGGUGAAAGUUUACCUGAGAUUGCAUCUCUUACAUUGUUUGGGGGUUGCCCAAAGAUGGCGAUGUACAUAUUAAGGGAAUGUCUUUUUUUUUCUGUCUUAGAUUUCUUUAGGUUUUAAUUUUACUGUAAUUGCUAGUUUUUUUUAAGAGUUUGUCUUUGCAGGUGGAGCAGUCUUUAUAUCUUCCUGAAAUGAGCUGCUUAAAAUGACGAAUGUUACCUUUGCAUCCUGUACUUUACUGUAUACGACACGUUGCACCCGAGUAGCACAUCCACAUGUAGUUCUUUAUGAAGACUGCUCAAAUAAAAGACUUGUUUUAAAUAAAUGUGUUGUUUUUAGCUGAAUGUAAAGAUCUGUGUGAGAUAUCAGACAUUUAACUUCUCCAUACAGGAUAAGUGGAGAAUGGAAAAUUGACAAUGACCAGUUUAAGAGUCAAAGCUGACCCCUAGUGGUUAUCAAGAGGCAGCACAGUCACACUUUAGAAGGAAAAAUCAGCAGUGUGUAAAAAAUCUGGGUAUUUAUUAAAGAAAUCUUAAAAAUAUUUCUGUUAUGCACUGAAAACAAAUCUGUACAUUAUUUUACAAAUUAAAUAUCCAAGUGUUGAUACUUGAUUGAGCUCCUGAUCUUAGUGUUGAUAGGCUCACCAUCAGGGUGAAUUAUAGAAAACUCAAACAUUGCUUCUACUAUAUUAUUAAAAUAUGUGUUUUUUUAAUGUGCAAAGACAAAAUCAACGCUCUUAUUGAGGCAAUACAGUUACAUAGUAACAAACGUCUUGUUCCUCCAAAGGCUGAAAACAGAUAAGUUAUGAAAAAUAAACCAGAUUGACUCAUCAGGUGUUGUUUCCCGUUUUCGGUGUGUUCACAAGGAACGAGUCGCAGGAGUAGCGCAGGAAGCGAUAGAUCUCCUCGGCUCUGGAUCGACUCAUGUUGCCUCCUUUCUGUAUGGCUUCAACUGGGCUGCAGGUGCAAAACACGUAGGUGAGCAAAAAAAUAAAUAAAAAAUGGAGGUGCUCUUUUUUUAAUUAUAAAAUUCUGCGCGUCAUGCUUCCUUUACCUGUCUAUUAGCUGGGCGAUCGAAUGAAAGUUGUGGCUCAAGUUGAGAGCGUGGGCGUAGUUGACUGAAGGGAUGCUCAAAUACAUCUGCAGGACCUGCUGCCUGUGCUGCCCUUUGACCUCCAGCGGUACAGUGAUGCCUUGACCUUUACGGUGCUCCAGUCUGGCUAAAUCCAUCAGCAGGACGGCCGUGUCCUCAGCGCCAUCGCUCCAGAGCAGUCGCACCCCUGCAGACACCAGUGCUGCCACCAUGUUGUCAUAGUAACGCGUGCGCUGGAACGGCCGGGACGUCUCACCUGAAACAGAUUAUUCAAAAACAGAUCGGAUACUUGAAAUCUCAAAAGAUGUUUCCCAUCCAUCCAUCAAAUCUGGCAGUGUGCCGUCAUUUUUUAACGUACCCGUCUUGGUUCGAUCUUUCUCCACAAUCAGGCACACACGAUCAAACAGCACCUGCAGGCCGGUGACUCUUUCCACCAGUCUCUUCCGGUUCUGCAUUGCAGCCACGUCUGACUGGCUGUGCCUCUCCACCGCCAUGCGGUUGCUGACGAUGAAGUAGCUGCCGUCCAGCGAGCAGAUGUGGACGGUUGCGGCAUGCCGCUGGCGUAGGAGACUCAUCAGCUCUACUCCGCUGCUGAUGCAGCGGCUGUCCACCAGAAUGCACACAGAGCCAGACGUUGAAGGCGACCCCUUUUCCGCUGACUGACUUUGCGCAGAGGAUUUCUGAGGAGCAGCAGAAGAAAAGCAUGAAGACAUCGUUGCAGAAACAGGCGCGCUUCUUCCUGAUCUUCCGAUCAUACCUGCGGUUCUUUUUUCGACACAGACUCCUCAAAGUCAAGCUCGUCAGAGAGAAGAUGUUGACUUUCCAACUUCUGGAACAUUUUCUGUUCUUCACUCGAUGAGCGAAUCGGUACUUUACUCAACGACGACGCUCUGGAUGAUGAAGAUGAAGAGGACGCAGCUUGUGUCUGGUUUUGCUGCAAGUGGACAACACUCCCUGCUGUACUCAGAUCCAUCAUCUUCCUCCCUUCCUCCUCCUCUUCACUAGAAUCAUUAAUGCGUAUGACUCGGGUGCGUUUGGUUUUCACACCAGCUCUCUGCUCGGGUGGAGGUUCACUUCUGGUCUUGCUGUCUGCCCUUGUUCUGUGCAGAAAAACACGUCUUCUGGUUGCGUACUGCCUCCUCCCAUCCACACACGAGUCCUCGGGCAUAAGCUCAACAUCUUCAACCUCUUCCUCGUUGCUCUCCAGCUCCUCUUCAUCGCUUCCAACUACAAAGCUGUCCUCUGCAUACGUCUCAUCCUGCUCAGGAACCUG